UCCCAACAACUCCGAAACCUUUUUUAGGCACCCCUUCCCAGGAAACAAAUAUUUGAACUAACGUGGAUGCAUCCAUUCUCGUUUGGUUCUCUAAUCGACGUAUCGGUUUGGUUUCAUGAACACGGAUGACAGAAAACGCAGAUUCAAUGAAGGCAUCGUUAAUAUGCUCUAUCCCUCUCCUCCACCACUACCACACCAACAAGAUCAAUUCCAACCUCAGGAACCUUUCACUGACGACUCUCGUUCUGACGUUAUUUCGGGCACUUUGGAUGGCUACGACGAUGCCUCCACGAGCGGUGAUUCCGAGACGGAGAAGCUCACCAGGGCUCAACGAAAGAAAAUUCGCAAGAAGAAGCUCAAGGAGGAAACCACUCAUCGCGGAAAACUUAUUGGGCCGCUGUUGCCUCUCAGGCCCACCCAAGCUGGACAGGACGCUCCACCUGUUCGAUCAAAUGCCUCUGAGGAAGGUGCUAAAUCAGUGAAAGUGAAGAACCGGAGAAUGGCAAAAAGGCUCGCCAAAGAAAAGCCAAGUGACUCUACUUCGGAGAACACCAAUCAAAGUUCCGCCCCUUUAUAAUUAAGUAUGCGUUUGGGUUGCUGACAACAAUAAUAAAAUAUAGUAUGCUAUUUGUACAUGUAUAAGGAUACAUCAAUGAUCUUCUUGUAUUCUGAAGGCCGAACGAGUGUUCUGAACGAGUAUUCCGAUCCAACGUGAGUAGACGGGUUUGUACCUGCAAAAGGCACUCCGAUGCUCAAGUCAGCACAAGCACGGAAAUCUAGAGUAAUUAAUGAACAAUGACGUUACCUUUUGACCUGAGCUAUUUAUACUGACAAUCGUGGGCCCUGGACCUUAUGGGCCCUGUAACAUACUUACCGUAUUAGAUAAUACUUCUUAAUCAGCUAAUUAACCCUUAAUCCUUUAUUAAAGAUAAUUAAUAAAGAUAAGCCGAUCUAGGUGACCGAUUGGCAAUCGGCCACCUGGUUCGGCCAUUCGGCGGCCGAUAAGAGGGUGGCUCAACGCCCCUACCCGUACACUAUUUAUUAGAGUACUACUGUUCAGUGUUCAGUUAAGCUCGUAAAUGUAAUCCACUGAUUAAAACAAUUCUUUUGUUAGCAGCUCUAGAAUUUUUUUGCUUAAUUUUGGCUCUGGCUGCAAGUUGAAAUUGAGACUAUCAUUAAUCUUAUGCAUGUAAUUGUCGGU